AUGAUCUUCACACCACCGACUUUCUUUCCUUCUUUGCCAUCGGUCCCGCUCGAAGAGCCGGUCGGGGAUUUAUGCCUGGCAAAACAUCUUGCCAGGACCAUCGGAUCGGACCCAGCAGACAAGCGAGCCCCCUUCAUCGAGGCAACAAUCGAUCGGGCAUGGACCCAGGACGAAAUCAGUGCUCGCGUCGCUCAGGUAGCGGCCGCCUUGUGCUCGUUGUGGCAGCUUGUGCCCGGGCAAAAGUGGCAUAAAAUUGUCGCCAUCUUGGCUUCCAACAGCGUCGACAUUCUGAUUCUUUCAUGGGCUAUCCACCGCAUGGGCGGUGCUUGCCCCAUGAUGCAGCCUGCGAGUUCGGCUGAGGAAAUCGCAGGCCACUUCGAUCUUGUGCCGCCGUUCGCCAUGUUUGCCUCACAAGAGCUACUCCCUCUAGCCCAAGAAGCCGUUCAACUGAGCUCCCUAUCAGAUCUGCCACUCUACAGCAGAUCUGCCACUCUACAGCAGAUCUGCCACUCUACAGGCUUCGCUAAGGAUCUACCUCCGGUGCAGAAGGGUGCUUUGUCUGUCAACGAAGCCACUCGACGUCGCAUCGUGGCCAUCACGCACGAAAACCUCAUCGCCAGCAUCCUGCAGGCUUCAGAGUUUCUAGAGACAACCAGAGAAACAGGCUCCGCGAUAGCUCUGGCUUGCCUGCCGUUCAGCCACAUCUAUGGUCUUUGGACAGCUCAUCUGCUGAUGUAUAUUGGCGACAGCGUCAUCAUCCAUCGUGGCUUUAACUUCAUGGAGAUCAUGGCCUCUAUCGCCAAAUACCGCAUCAAUACACUUUAUUUGGUAGUUCCUAGUGCCGCCGGUUAUCAACGCUCUGUCGCGAAAUGGAUCUACGUUGGCUCUACGUUGGCUCAAUUCGACUUGAGCUCCGUUCGCUUGAUCGUGUCGGGAGGUGGACCUCUGAGUAAAGAAGCAUUUGCCAAGAUGCAAGCCGUGUGCCCCCAAGUGCGAAUUCUCAGCGGCUGGGUCAGGUCUGACCGAAACCUGCGGUGUCGGGUCCCUGUCAUAUAUCAGCUGUCAUAUAUCAGCGACAUCUUCCCGGGCUCGAGUGGGGUCUUGCUUCCGGGCGUCCGCAUCCGAUUGAAAGACGAUAACGGCCGUGAGAUUGAGACUCUCGAGGAAAUGGGCGAGAUCGAGAUUGCCACUCCCAGCCUCGUGCGCGGGCACAUUGACUCUGCCAGCGAUGCGCUUCUCCCGCCUACAGACAAUGCGGACUUCUGGUGGCCAACAGGCGACGUCGGCCUCUUCCGCGCGGCCCCCAGCGGCGAGAACCAUCUGUUCAUUGUAGAUCGUAUCCGGGACAUGGUCAAGGUCAAGGGCAACCAAGUCGCCCCUGGUCAAAUCGAGGCGCAUCUGAUCCAACAUGCCGCCGUCGCCGAGACCGCCGUCAUCGGAAUCCCUGACGAAGUAGCUGGUGAGCGAGUUCUGGCCUUCGUGGUCCGGGAGCCGUCGUAUGCACCUGAGACAAGCGAGGCCGAUCUUCGAAGGGAAAUCCGGGAUUACAACGACCUGGAACUGCCUGAAGUUUGCCGUCUCCAGGACCGAAUCAUCUUCAUCGAUCAGAUACCGAAAAGUGCGAGCGGCAAAAUGCUUAAGCGAGAACUGAGGAAGCAGCUGUCUUUGCCUGGCGUUCCCAGUCCCCUUCUCUCAACUUGA